CUCAUUCUCAAACUUUUCAUCUUUUUGUCGUAGCACGUUAAGAAGCACAGAUGAAUCUUCCCGUGUACCGAUUAAUUAUAUCGACAGCGUUCGUGGCUGUUUUAUUAACAUCAGCAGCGACAUACAUCUUGAAACCGGUGAAGAUUUCCUUGACAGCGUCCAGUGGGAUGAGAUUUGCUUAUAAAGACGAAGACAGUCAAGUGAGUCUUGUCGCCUUCCACUACAGUAUUAACAAACCGCUGAUAGCAACAGACGCCGGAGACUACAAUGUUGACGUCACAGCUCGGGAACCAGGGACUGGUGCGUUUGUAGAAGUAAAUAAUGACGUCAUAUUACAACCUGGUGACGUAGUAAAUUAUUGGUAUUACGUCGUACGAGGAAGCCGGGCGUACCAAAAGCUCGAUCUAUCUUGGACAGUGCCAGCGGGUCCGACUUCUCCGUCGACUACAGUGGCGGCACCUCCGGGUGAAGCUCCGACAACUCCAGCCACCACAGGGGCUCCGCCCACCAGUGAAGGUCCCCCCGACCGCUGCGCCACCUAUCCAUGUUUAAUAUUUGAAGACAACUUCGAUACUUUGGACCUGAACACGUGGGAACACGAGAUUACGGCGGGAGGAGGAGGGAACUGGGAGUUCCAGUACUACACUAACAACAGGUCGAAUACCUACGUCAGAGAUGGCGUAUUAUUCAUAAAACCCACGCUCACUGCGGAUAAGUUUGGAGAAGCGUUUCUGUCCUCAGGACGGUUAGAUCUGUGGGGUUCAGGGCCUGCUGAUCGAUGUACGGGCAACGCGUUCUACGGCUGUGAACGCCAUGGUAACGCUAAUAACUAUAUUAAUCCCAUCCAAUCAGGGCGACUGAGGACGGCACACAGCUUUGACUUCCGGUACGGUAGAGUGGAGAUAGAAGCUAAAAUGCCAACCGGAGACUGGAUAUGGCCAGCCAUAUGGAUGUUACCCACCAACCAGGCCUACGGUUCCUGGCCAGCGUCCGGCGAAAUCGACAUCGUAGAGUCACGUGGUAACAUGUUUCUAAGGAACGGAGCAGCGUCCAUCGGGGUGGACACAGUGACGUCAACAUUACACUGGGGGCCGUAUGUCCAACUGAACGAUUUUUUUCGCACUACAAGCAGUGUCACAUCGCAGUCAGGGACGUUUGGUACCGGUUUUCACACUUACGUUUUGGAAUGGGACGAAAAGAGCAUCAGGUCCUCCGUUGACGGCAUUGAACUUCUCAGUGUUAGCCCCGGGGAGGGUGGAUUUUGGGAGAUGGGAGACUUCGCCGCCAGGGCCCCGGGGAUAGAUAACCCCUGGGGCACUAACGCCCCCAAUCGCCGCAUGUCCCCUUUCGAUCAGGAGGUAAGACAGGAU